AUGUUUUUCAACACAAAAAACCGGGAGCACCUCCCCGACACCUUUGGAAGUCAGAGUGGGGGAAUCCAGACCAACCCACUGUGUGUGCCAGGGCCUCACCACUUCACAGCCAAAAAUUCCUUCCCAAUAUCCCAUCUGGGCCAUCUGGUUAAAGGUGGAAAGGCAGAAAAACUACACAGUGUGCUUAAACCUCAAGUCCAGAAGUUCUUAGAGUGUGGAUUUUUUUAUUUUGAUGGAAAGGAAGUGAAAAGAUCCCAGAGCGGCACUGUCAGGACCAACUGCUUGGACUGUCUGGACAGGACAAACAGUGUGCAGGCCUUCUUUGGCUUGGAGAUGCUAACAAAACAGCUGGAGGUGUUAGGAUUAGCUGAGAAGCCUCAGUUAGUUACUCGCUUUCAGGAAGUUUUCCGAUCCAUGUGGUCUGUGAAUGGUGAUUCUGUCAGUAAAAUUUAUGCUGGAACUGGAGCCCUUGAAGGAAAAGCAAAGGCUGGAAAGCUGAAGGAUGGUGCUCGUUCUGUGACCAGAACGAUCCAAAAUAACUUUUUUGAUAGCUCCAAGCAGGAGGCCAUUGAUGUUUUGUUAUUGGGAAAUACCCUAAAUAGUGAUUUAGAAGAUAAAGCACGGGCUCUCUUAACCACCAGCAGUUUACGCGCAUCUGUGAAAGUACUGAAGAGCAUGUGUGAGAACUUCUAUAAGUACGCAAAACCGAAAAAGAUCCGAGUCUGCGUUGGGACGUGGAAUGUCAAUGGGGGGAAGCAGUUUCGGAGUAUUGCCUUCAGAAAUCAAACCCUCACUGACUGGCUUCUGGAUGCACCAAAGUUAGCUGGCAUCCAUGAAUUCCAAGAUCGCAAAAACAAACCUGUGGAUAUAUUUGCCAUUGGAUUUGAAGAAAUGGUGGAGUUAAAUGCAGGAAACAUUGUGAACGCCAGCACCACGAAUCAGAAGCUCUGGGCUGCUGAGCUGCAGAAGACCAUCUCCAGAGAUUACAAGUACGUGCUGCUGGCCUCAGAGCAGCUGGUGGGUGUGUGCCUCUUCGUGUUCAUCAGGCCCCAGCACGCUCCCUUUAUCAGGGAUGUUGCUGUCGAUACUGUCAAGACUGGCAUGGGAGGAGCCACUGGGAACAAAGGUGCCGUGGCCAUUCGGAUGCUGUUCCAUACCUCCAGCCUUUGCUUUGUGUGCAGUCAUUUUGCUGGAAGGAUGCUCUUUUCCCAUGACUAUAUUUUUUGGUGUGGGGACUUCAAUUAUCGAAUCGAUUUGCCCAACGAAGAGGUGAAGGACCUAAUACGACAACAGAACUGGGAUCCCCUCAUAGCAGGAGACCAGCUUAUCAAUCAGAAAAACUCAGGACAGAUUUUUAGGGGAUUUCUGGAAGGGAAGAUCAACUUUGCCCCCACAUACAAAUAUGAUCUGUUCUCUGACGACUACGACACCAGUGAGAAGUGCCGCACGCCGGCGUGGACAGACCGCAUCCUCUGGCGGAGACGGAAAUGGCCCUUCGACCGAUCAGCUGAAGACCUGGAUCUGCUGAAUGCAAGUUUUCACAGUGACACGAAUGUCCCUUAUACAUGGAACCCUGGCACUUUGUUGCACUAUGGAAGAGCAGAACUGAAAACAUCUGAUCAUAGGCCGGUGGUUGCACUGAUUGACAUUGACAUAUUUGAAAUUGAAGCAGAAGAGAGACAAAAAGUGUAUAAGGAGGUGAUUGCAAUGCAAGGACCACCUGAUGGUACUGUGAUGGUCUCCAUCAGAAGUUCUUCAGCAGAAGAAAACUAUUUUGAUGAUAACUUGAUUGAUGAUCUUCUUCAAAAAUUUGCAAGCUAUGGUGAAGUUAUACUUAUAAGGUUUGUGGAAGACAAGAUGUGGGUAACGUUUUUGGAAGGAAGCUCUGCUCUGAAUGUUAUGAAUUUGAAUGGUAUUGAGCUACAAGGAAAGAUUAUAAACAUCAAUUUGAAAAAUCCAGAUUGGAUCAGAAGUUUGGAAGAUGAAAUGAAUCUAGAGAAGAUAAAUAUUGGGCUGCCUUCAUCAACAAGCUCCACUUUGCUUUGUGAAGAUGCUGAGGUUACUGCAGACUAUGAUAUGGAAGGAGACAUCGAUGACUACAGUGCUGAGGUAGAAGAAAUCCUUCCUCAGCACCUGCAGCCAGCGUCCGCGUCCGGCUCGGGGCUGGGCGCGUCCCCGAGCUCUUCGCCGCGUUCCAGCCCCUGCCAGUCGCCCACGCUGUCGGAUGGACCCGCGCUGCCCGUGAGACCCAGCCGGGCCCCAGGAAGAGCCCCUGGCCCUCCUGCUUCCGCCCAGGCCGAGCUCCAGGCUGGUGGCCAGCAGAAGGAGCCUCCCCAGAGCCUGGAGCCGAAGCGCCCCCCGCCCCCUCGCCCCGUGGCUCCUCCUGCCCGUCCCGCUCCCCCGCAGCGGCCACCUCCACCCUCAGGCGGUAGGAGUCCUGCACCUGCUAGAAAAGAAUUUGGAGGUCUUGGAGCUCCUCCCAGUCCUGGGGUAGCUAGGAGAGAAGUAGAAGCACAAAAAAGCCCUGGAACACAAAGAAAAGAUACCUUAGUUCGUAAUCAGCCUCCACACUCGGCGGGUACAACCAGACCGACUGUUCCUCCUCGAGCUGGAGUUAUCAGUGCCCCACAAAGCCAUGUCCAUCCCUCGGGGACAAGAGCAGCACCUGAAAGUCAGACCAAAGCAACUGAACCACCAAGAGGCUCACCAUUGCUUCCUGAACCACUCAAGCCUCAGGCUGCUGGCCCUGCUCAGCCCAGCACUCCUGUGCUGAGGAUGCAGGAGCCCCUGAUCCCUGUGGCACCGCACCCAUCUCAGCCCAGUGCCCCGCAAAGUCUGGAGCCCCCCCAGCCGCCGCCUCGUAGCCGCUCAUCUCACAGUUUGCCUUCUGAUCCUGCUCCCUCCCAGCAGCAACUGAAUCCCAACGGGACAUCUGACGCUCACCCUGAACCCCAGCUCAGCCGUGACCCUUUCGAAGCCCUGUCGUUUCAGCUGCUCGUGUCCAAGAUGCAGAUGUCUGUCCGAACGUGGCCUGCUCCAACCUUAAACCAGAAGGAAUUGACACAGUUGCCUUCAGCAAGGCAAAGAAAUGCUGAUAAUUCUAAUGCUGUAAAUUGCAUGCCAGCAACGCCUCCUAUUCCAACCUUUCACUCAUCCCGGGAACAUCAGCACAGCUCUCCAAAUCCAUUCAUUUCUGGGCUGAACUGCUCAAAUCCAUUCACGGAAAGAGCUCCUAGCGCUGGGAACCCAUUUAGGACGGAAACGCGGGAGUCCGGGGUAACCUCACAGGUACAGGUAGGACCUGCUGCUUCCCACCCGUUCCCUCCUCUGCCCGCCCCCAGCUGUGGCACCAGCCAGCCUGCAUUUCCUCUGGGUGCAGCUGAAAGCACAUUUUGCUUGCCAAGUCAGUCUCUCGAGGUAGAAAACGUCCAGCCCAAAGGGUGGGUGACGUUUGAUGAGGACGAGAACUUCAACACGAAGCUAAAGCCAUCUGCGAGCGUUCCGGAUUUUAAGCAACUCGGCUCCGGGAAGUCAGCUGGAUGCCCAGGUUUGCCGGGAACUGAACAAAAGACUUUCCUCGGUUCAGACUUUAACUUUGAUGGUGACUGGAAUAAAAGUUCUACGGAUUGCUUCUGUACAAUGCCAGCAAGAAAACCACCUGCACCCCCCGUGCCAUCCAGAGCAACCAGCAACAGGUCCCCUGCAGAUCCCUUCCCCUCCCCAGCACCCAAGGUGUCGCCAACUCCUGAUUUUACAGAAAGAUAGAUGGUCAGAGAUACAAAAGGCUAUAUUUGUUGCUACAUUUACCCAGUAGAAUAAUUGGGCAUUUGAGAUUAUUCUGUGUGCAAUAAUUAAUGGUUAAAUGCACUGAAACUUAACUCUGCUCAUAAACAGCCACUUCUGCUUGUGUGUAAAUUUUGAAUGUGUAUAUAUGGUAGAGCACAAAAAAUGGUCUGAAGUUUAUUAAAAUCUCAAUGUAAUAGUAUUUGAGUAGACAAAAAGAGAAGGAAGGGUGAGCCACUGUCUCACUAAAACCUAUCAAUCCUGGACACAGAUUUUGCUUAGGGAGCUCUUUCAUUUCUGUUCUCCUUUGUGGAAUUUGACAAGAAGAGGCUCCCUGCUGGUAGCCUCCCCCCUCCCUUUUGACUGUUUUGUUAGUUGAUAUUUAUAAGUAUUUACCAAAGAGCUGCCAAAGUUUGAGAUUUGAAUGUUGGCAAGUAUGGUUUAGAAGCUGUUUAAUUUAUAACAGAGGCUAUGGAUAUUUGUAAGGCUUAUAUUUGAAUUUGAGGCACAACAAAAAUAGUUUACUUUCAAAAUAGAAACAAAACUUUGCAUAUUAAUAUAUUCAGUUAAUCUCCUGUGUCAGUACAUUUCAGUUACUAAAUCCUAUUGUGACAUACACUUGUUAGCAUUAAUUCAGAAUAAUUGUUCCAUAUCAUCCAUUUAUUAAUCACUAUUUUAAUUAUACUUCUUUUUUCCACAAAUUGGGAACAGCUGAUACAAUAAGCUUUCCCUCAACCUCUGGAAUAAAGUCCCCUUGGCUUUUGAGAUGCAAAGCAGUAUUUACCAGUUGCAGAUUAUGUAGUCUGCCAGCCAGGGGUCGAAACAACACGCUUGGAUUGUAUUUAGAGUAGUGAAAUAUCCCAGGGCAGCACGCUUUUUACAUCCUCAGAUGCUCUCACAACAUGAUCCAUGAAAUCAUCACUGUUCCUUCGGACAGCCCCUGGUUAGCCACGAGCUGCAGCCGCCUAGAGGAGUGAUAGUGAGUUUUCUAUUGCGCUUCUUUCCCUCAGCUCCUUCAAGUUGUACCUUGGGAACAGCAGUGCUACUGCUUGUGUUUCGGUGUGUGAGUUACCUUGUUCUGCGCUGUUGCUGCAAACAUCUGUGUGGUUGAUGUUCUGGAAUGUUCUUACAUUAGCAAACCACAUUCAGGGGGGAACUUUUGCUAGUGGGAGUCACGUGAUAAAUAUGUUGUCGAAUAUUUAAUUGCAGUGAUUAAAAGCUAUCUGUCUGAACUGUA